GUGUGAGGCUGUCUGUGGAAGUCAACCGUAAAGAUAGAAGCGUUCGUGGCACAGCUGAGUUGAAGGGUUUCACUUUCGUGAUGGUUUAAGGUGUUCUUGGAUUGCUGAACUAAAGAACAGACCAGGAAAAUGCUUAAAGUAACCGUUCAACGAGCCACUGACCUUCCAGACGUCGAUAAAUUUGGAAAGAGUGAUCCAUACGCCAAAGUUAUCUUCCAUGGAGAUGAAAAGAAAACUGAGGUUCAAAAGGAUUGUUUAGAUCCAGUCUGGAAUCAGGAUUUCCAGUGGGAUCUUUCAGGCCAACCAUUGUCCCCGGAUGACAAGCUUUCUAUCGAGGUCAAGGACUAUGAAAAGCUAUUGGCGAGAAAGCUCCUUGGUAAAGUCGAAGUUCCUUUGGGAGAGCUGCUGGGAAACAAUCAGAUUGAAAGAACGUAUGAUCUGGUUGAUGGAAAGAACAAUCCCACUUUGGGCAAAAUUAUGCUGAAGAUUGAGUAUUCUGCUCCUCCUGGGAGUGGUGGCGGUGACGCAGGAGGCGGGGAGGAAGAGGCUGGUGAAGAGGGUGAUGAAGGUGAUGAAGAGGACGAAGAUGAAGAAGCAGGAGGCGACCCUGCACUUCCAGGACAGCCGAGAAAGAAGCGAAGGAGGAAACGAACUAGCAGGGGAGGCAGAAGAGCUUGGUCAACAAAAGUGCAAGACUUCCAGAUCCGGAUACGGAUUCUUGAAGGCCGCCAGUUGCCAGGCAGCAAUAUUCAUCCAGUUGUUCGUGUGACUGUGAAUGGUCAGCGGAGAGAAACAGCUGUGAAAAAAUCCACAAACAAGCCCGUUUACAAUCAGACAUUCUUCUUCAAUUUCCAUUUGUCGGAAGCGGAGCUGUUUGAUGAACUGGUCACACUUGAGGUCUUCAAUUCACGAAAACUGCGCUCUGAUUCACUGCUCGGUUAUUUUGAGUGCGAUAUUGGUGGAAUAUACGAAAUGAAAGGUCAUUCUUUCAUUCGCAAAUGGGUCUUGUUGUCAGCACCAGCGGAUAGAGAUGAAGAUGAGGAGGAAGGAAAAUCAAAGAAAACUCGAGGAGGAGAUACACCGGCAGGGUACUUGAAAGUCACUUCCAUGGUCCUCGGACCCGGGGAUGAACCGCCGGCUGCAGCAAAUGCUCAACCCAAAGAUAUCGAGGAUGAUAUUGAGUCAAACCUUCUGACACCCGUAGGUGUAACUCGACAAUCAGCCGUCUUCACUCUUAAAGUGUUUCAUGCAGAAGAUCUUCCACAAAUGGACACAGGAAUUGGGCAGAGCUUUAAGAAAUUCUUCAGCUUCUUUUCAAGCGACGAUGAUAAAGAGGAGGACAAAGGAAAGAAAGGCCUUGUGGAUCCAUACAUGGAAUUUAGCUUUUGUGGGAAGAAGGCAACGACGGGAAUAAAAUACCACGACAGUAAUCCAGAAUUCAAACAGUUUCUGAAGAUCCCUCUCAUGCUCCCGUCCAUGUGUGAGAGACUGAAACUGCAAGUGUUUGACUGGGACCGAGGUUCAUCUGAUGAUUGUAUCGGCACAGCAUUUAUCAACCUGUCGUCCAUUGCCGGGCAAGGAGGUGAUGAAGGUUUCUUGCCUCAGUUUGGUCCGUGUUUUGUCAAUUUCUAUGGUUCCACUAGAGAGUUCACCAAUUUGCCAGAUGAACACGAUGAUCUAAACAAGGGAAUUGGUGAAGGUGUGGCAUAUCGUGGACGAGUUCUUGUUGAGCUAACAACGACUCUUAACGAAGAUCUUAAGCAACCGAUAGGCGUGCUGGCCAAUGAAGACAUCAUUGCCGCUCAGCCCUUCCUGAGACGUGAAAGGUACAAGCUGUUUGUCUGUUUCUACGAAGCACUCAUGGUCUCUGAGACAGAUGGGCCUGUAGAAUUUGAAGUCAGCAUCGGAAACAACGGAAACAAAUUUGAUGAGUCAGUGGCUGCGUGUAACACACCGUCCUGCAAUGCUGUGUACGACGGUUGUCAUUACUAUUACCUCCCUUGGGGACAUGAGAAGCCUUGUGUAUGCGUGGAAUGCUCCUGGGAGGAUAUUGCCUUUAGACUUGAACCGGUCAACAUUCUCUCCAAGUUGGUAGAGCGGCUGCGAGAAUCCGUAUCACGUCUGAAACAAGCAGCUGAACAGUCCAAAGUUAGUGACGACCCAAAAAUAAAGGAUAUGUUGUCUUCUCUGUUGGAUAACAUGGCCCGGGACUGCAGAACGGAGCACUCUCGUUUUAAGGAAGAAAUUCCCAAUCUUCCCGGAAAACGAAACAGUUUGGACAACAAGCUCCAUCAAAUGAGAGUUGACGAAUUCAUGUUCUUGUUGGAUGAUAUUGGUGCUCUGCAGUGGAAAUUAGUACCACCUUUGGAGGGUGAAGAGGAAAAGGAGGAGGUGGACUUCAAAGAGAUGUUCUCCGAGCUCGACAGCUUUGUACAGCGCCUUGAAGACUUAAAAAUUGAGCCUCAAGUGAGUUUACCGGACAUUAUCAUAUGGAUGAUCAGUGGUGACAAACGAGUGGCGUACUACAGAAUGCCAUCUCAUUUACUGUUGUUCUCUGAGACUGAAGCAGCAUGUGGAAAAUUCUGUGGAAAAACAAUCGAGAUUCCCAUGAAGUAUCCAGGCAAGAAAGGACAAGACGUCGAGGAACACCCAGAACUUCCAGCCAAAUUACGCGUGGAGAUGUGGCUUGGACUGGAAAAGCAACAGCAGUACUGGACUGCACGACCCAAAACUGAGGGGGAUUUCUGUGUAUUUGCCGAGACGUACGAAAAUGAGGUGAAGAUUAUCAGCAAGUGGACCAACAAUAAGCUGACUCGUCCUCGGUUCUCUGAUGCAUCUGGUGACUUGGAACUACCCCAAGACAAGUUUUUUCCACCUGAAGGCUGGAAAUUUGAAGGUGGUUGGCAAAAGAAGCCUGAGCUCAGUUUGUUCCACGAUCCUGAUGAAGGACAUAAAGAAUAUUUGGUAGAUAUCUUUGAGAAUCAAGCCAGAAGUUUUCCCGGUGGCGACUUCAAACCAGCCGGAGAAAAUAACUGGACUGAUGCGAACGGAGAAGAGGUUCCAGGUCCCUCUGCUCAAAAAGCUCCUCCCGGUUGGGCGUGGAAGUCAAAGGACUGGGAAGUGGACAAAAACAGAGCUGUCGAUGGAGACGGCUGGGAAUAUUCUGUUAAUCCAACGUAUGGAAUUUAUGGGCCAGUCAUGAAGGCUUACCACAUGUCUAGGAGAAGAAGACUUGUGCGAUCGAGGGAGCUAGUGGAUGCAAAUUCCACCAAGAAACAGGAUCAAUUACAGAAGCUUUUGGCAGAGGGCUGGGGUUACGCUCCGUUGUUCAAUAAGAAAUUUCACGCCAAGGAGAAAAAGCUAGAUUUUGUGCGAAGAAGACGCUGGCUGUUGAAGAUAGUACCAAGCGCAGGGAAGAUUGAUGGAUUCUCUUGCAAGCUUCCACCAAUUCUGCGAAUCCAGCUCAAAUCUAAGGACAAAGAAAGUGCGUUGUGCAUAUCUCCAAGGAUGUUUGUAACUUUUGCCAAGCCACACAAGUAUCAACUGUGGGUGUAUCUUUACCAAGCACGAGACCUUAUCGCCAAAGAUGAAAAUGGAAUGAAUGAUCCUUAUGCAAGAGUUGCCUUUGGUAACCAAAGUCAAAUAACGAACAUUAUCAGCAAAACUCCUUGUCCAACCUGGGAUCAAACAUUGAUUUUUAUGAACAUGGAAAUCAGCGAAGAUCCUGAGAACCUCAAGCGAAAUCCUCCCAGUGUGGUCGUGGAAUUGUUUGACCAUGACACGGGCAUGGGAAAAGAUGAUUUCCUUGGUCGUUGUAUGUUGACUCCAAAAAUUCGACUCAAGGGACUCGAAGAACCAGAAGCCAAGUUACUGUGGCACAAGGUGAUGCGUGGAGAUCAAGAUGGGGGCGAGAUGCUCGCUGAAUGCGAGCUGUUCAUGGAUGAGGGAGCAAAGUUGCCACUCCCACCCCCUAUGCGUGAUGGUGUGUACCCUGUAAGGAGCAAGGUGCGGCCCGUCGUUCAGAAGACAGCUGUGGAGGUUCUUUGUUGGGGCGUAAGGAACAUGAAGAAAUUUCAGUUGACCAAAGUAACAUCACCCUCGAUCGAGUUCGAAUGCAUGGGUUCGGUGAUUGAGUCACCUGUUCUUGAGAACACAAAGAAAAUGCCGAACUUUGGCGAACCAGUAUUAGAGAGAAAGAUUCUGAAUUUACCAGUGGAGGACUUGUACUCGCCACCAAUCAACAUUCGAGUCAGAGACAACCGACAAUUUGGUCGAAAACCGUUGGUUGGUAUCCACUCAGUCAAGUCUCUCUCGGCAUUUAAGUGUAAGCUGCCGUCACAGACUGCUGCAGACGAUUCGGAAGUGGAUGACCGCAGUCUUGUGUUCAAUCUUGCAGAAGUGCUUGUGGAUUUAACUGAUGCCCCACCCCCUGAAAAGAAAGUUUGGCCUGAGAGAAGGGAAGAAGCUCCACCGCCUGAAAAAAAGCCAAAGGGGAAAGGAAAGGAAAAGGAAAGGAGGAUGAUCGAUCCCGACAGGUUUGACUGGUGGUCCAAGUACUUCGCCUCUUUGCAAGGGGCUGGAGCAGGAGCAAAAAUCUCUAAAGGAGAAAAGCUUGUUGGAAUGUUUACGACAGACAAAGAAGGAGACAAAGCCAGCUUUACCGAACAUACAAGGAAAUACUUGUCCAGGGGAUAUGACACAAUCAAGGUGUAUCACAAAGAGCUUGAAAAAGUCCCAGAAUUCCAAGGCUUCAGCGACUUCCUUGCAACCUUUCCACUUCGUCGUGGAAAGACAAAGUCUCACAAGGAUGAUGACGAAGACGAAGGAUCGGUUGGUGAAUUCAAGGGAACUUUCCGUAUUUACCCUAUUCCUGAUGAGAUGUCGGAUACAGAUCUUCCUGAAACAAUGCUCACUAACCUUCCCAGCAGCUUACCAAUCGAGUGCACAAUUCGAGUGUACGUUGUUCUGGCUACUGAUCUCCAGCCCCAAGAUCCAAGUGGAUUGGCUGACCCUUAUCUCAUUGUGUCCCUUGGAAAGAAGAAAUAUGACGAUCAAGAAGACUUCAAACCAAAUACGCUCAACCCGGUGUUUGGAAAGAUGUUCGAAUUCAAAACUUCCAUCCCUCAGGAAAAAGAUCUAAAAAUCCAAGUGAUGGACUACGACUACCUCAGCAGGGACGAUUUGAUCGGUGAAACGGUGGUCGACUUGGAACAGAGGCUGUUGACUCGCUUCCAUGCAAAGUGUGGUUUACACAAGACAUACUUCGUGUCUGGGCCCAACGCUUGGCGCCAUCCUGAGAAGCCAUUCAGUAUCCUUACGAGGUACUGCGAGACUGCCAUGAAGUCCUUCAACUUCUUCCCUGGCAAAAAUCAGAAUCCUGACAGGAUCAUAAUUGGAGACAGAGAAUAUACCUUGAGUCAAUUCGAGGAAGGUGAUCCGCCAGAAAAGGAAGUAGGACCUGCUCACGAACGUUUGGCUCUUCACAUUCUGCACACGUUCAAUAUGGUACCGGAGCACGUGGAGACCAGAUCCCUGUACAGUCCGGUUCAACCAGAUAUUGAGCAGGGAAAACUUCAAAUGUGGGUCGACAUCUUUCCAAAGGACGACGGUACCUGCAAGCCGCCUGUUGUUAUCGACGAAAGGAAACCUGUGAAAAAUGAGUUGCGUCUAAUCAUCUGGAAUACAACUGACGUUUUGCUAGAGGAGGAGUCGAUCACGGGCGAGAUGAUGAGUGACAUUUAUGUCAAGGCAUGGAUCGACGUUCAAAACGAGAAACAGAAGACGGAUGUUCAUUACAGAUCUCUGGAUGGCGAUGGCAACUUCAACUGGCGAAUGGUGUUUCCUUUUGACUACUUGCCUAUCGAGAAGAAAUUGGUUGUAAAAAAGAAGGAACACUUCUGGAGUCUUGACGAGACUGAAGAGAAAGUCGACGCAAAACUCAAAGUUCAGAUUUGGGAGAACGACACAUUCUCUAGUGAUGACUUCAUAGGACAACUAGAGCUAAAUCUGAAUGAGCUGGCAAAGCCUUGUCUUGACUCUGACCACUGUGGUGAUCCUAACAAAGAUCCAGGACUUAAUGGAAAAACCCUUGACUUGUUCACGGUAAAAAGUACAAAAGGUUGGUGGGCCUGUUUUAAGCCAGAUGCCGAAAACCCGGCUGAACCAACGGGUAAAGUUGAGAUGACCAUUGAGUUACUCCAGGGAUGGGAGGCAGAAGCAAAGCCCGCGGGACAAGGACGAGAUGACCCCAACAUGCACCCAGUUCUGCCAGAACCUGACCGUCCUGCUACCUCGUUCCUGUGGUUCACAUCACCAUUCAAGACGCUGAAAUACAUCAUCUGGCGACGAUACAAAUGGCUAAUAAUUCUUCUCCUCAUCUUGCUCAUUGUUGGUUUGUUGAUUGGCAUCUUUAUAUACAGCAUGCCUGGUUACACCGUAAAGAAGAUAUUUGGUGCUUAAAGUUGGCAGAUACGGCAACAGUACAAGAUCAGCGAUUUUUGGGAAACUUCUGUUUCCUUUACCUGAAGACAAAUUUAUCCCAAAAUUUCCUUAAAAACAUUAAACAAACUCUAAAGCUGUUAGGUAAUUUCCUUAGAAUGCAAAUUGAUAAGGUCCAUUAAAUUUCAUAUUAGCUCAAGAAAAUGUUAUUCUGCUGGUUCUCCAUUAGAAAAUCUUCAAAUCUUCCACAAAGGACUGAAUUUUGAAGAAACUAUUCUUCCCACAAGGCAUGAUGAUAUCGAUCUCUGCGUAGAGAGUACAAACAGGCUUUCUCCAAUGCUCAAGUGUCUGAUGUUUAAUUUUAGUUAGUUUCUAAUGAUUGAAAUUGUCAGCAGUCGCGUGACUCAUUGAGACUGCUCAGGAGAGCGGUCGUUAAAAAUGUAAUGAAAGCAAAAAAGGCUUAAAGAUAAUGCGAGAAUUUUUGUUAAAAUUUCAUAUCGUUCAUAAGAUGCUAUUUUGCAGGUAUUAUUUCAUGGGAAAAUGGAAAUAAAUCAAUGUUGAACAGAA